AUGAAGGAAUUAUCUUUGGUCAUUCAAGGAACAGAAAAAGAAUCUUUGUGGCUGCACCUUGCCAAGAUAAAGGAGGGGAAGGUGAUAGAUGAAGUUGAAGAGAUGGGAAUGAAGCGAUGUUAUGAAAAUUCCAGGAAUGAAUUCAUCUUGGGGAUAUCGGUAAAUGUAAACUCAACAGUUAAAAGAAGCAAAAUGCUCUGGUUUCAAGGAAAUAGCAUGCAAUUUGCCAACUACUCCUUUAGACUCUUCCUGAGAAAUCUCUCUGCCUCCAGGACUGUUUUACCUGUGUUGACCUUAUUCACAAAGGAUCCAUGUCCUCUUUGUGAUGAAGCUAAGGAAGUACUGGAGCCUUAUAAAAACAGGUUUAUUUUACAGGAGGUGGACAUCACACUUCCAGAAAACUCUGCUUGGUAUGAGAGGUAUAAAUUUGACAUUCCCGUCUUUCAUUUGAAUGGCCAGUUUCUGAUGAUGCAUCGAGUAAACAUCUCCAAACUUGAAAAACAACUCCAGAAACUUGAGCAGCAAGGUACUGGAAGCUGA